GGAUCUUCUGCUCAGACAGCAGGGAUUAACUAUCCCCUUGACAAAGGUUGUUUUCACUCAACCAACCCCCUCCUCCUUCCUUCCAUGUCAUUAUAAUUACGUACCACAAAACACAACACCACUCAGAGCAUGGAGGGUUCAGGCAGCUUUUGUUUUAGCCCUAAUGCUAAUUCUUUACCUUCCACCUCCACUGCUGUAGUCCAGACGUUUGAUUUCUUCGCUAAGAAAACGACCUCCGCUUCUAACAAGAACGUCGUGGACCGUGUUGGUGAGUCCAACGUUGUCGUGGACGAGAAUGAGGACUCUGUCGUGGCGUUGCGUAUCGGCCUUCCUAGUUUCUGCAACAAGGGUGUCAUCAAUUCAAGUGAUUAUGGGAAAAAGACGGCAAAUUCAGCUGCAGCCACGCAGUAUUGGAUACCUACGCCUGCACAAAUCGUGGUUGGCUUCACUCAUUUUUCUUGCCAUAUUUGCAAUAAGACCUUUAAUCGCUACAAUAAUCUGCAGAUGCACAUGUGGGGUCACGGCUCAGAGUUCCGGCGAGGCCCAGACUCCCUGAAGGGCAGCCAACCCCGAGCCAUGCUGGGAAUCCCAUGCUACUGCUGCCAAGAAGGGUGCAAGAACAACAUCAAUCACCCCAGAGCCAAGCCCCUCAAGGACUUCAGAACGCUGCAGACCCACUACAAGCGAAAGCACGGCCUCAAGCGCUACUCCUGCCGUAAAUGCGGCAAGUGCUUGGCCGUCAAGGGCGAUUGGCGCACGCACGAGAAGAACUGCGGCAAGCGCUGGCUCUGCAUCUGCGGUUCCGAUUUCAAGCACAAGCGUUCGCUCAAGGACCAUGUUGCGUCCUUCGGCUCCGGUCAUGGACCCUCGUGCCCGCCUACUUUUGAUCGGGUCGACGGUAAGUUCCUUGUCUGAUCAAUUAGGUUUUGUUGGAUUGCACUUGUUGUGGUUCUGUUGUGUUUUUCGGUUUAUUGGAUCGGAUGUAAGAAAAAUUCUUAUUUAAAUUAGGUCUGAUCGAAUUGAACAUACUUACUAUAUGAUUGAUUACUUUUUUUAAAUUGUAUUUUAUCAAAUACAUAACAAGUAUAUUAUGUAAUUAAUUUAGA